GUCAACCUAGGCUUUAUGAUGCCCAAUUAUAUACAUGAAGAUAAUAUAUUUUCUCUACAAUAUGGAGAAUCACCUAGAAAUGAAGAACCGUCUGUAAAUAAUAAACCUUCUAUAAAUAAUGAACCUUCUAUAAAUAAUGAACCUUCUAUAAAUGAUAAAUCUUCUAUAAAUGAUGAACCUGCUAUAAAUAAUAAACCUGAUGAAAGAGAAAAAAAUAAAAGAAACAAGAUAAUUCUAGUAUCGCAUAUGACUAUGUUUAAAUUAAGACCCCUAAAUUUCACAAUGAUCUGA